CUAGCCUUGUGCACAUCAUGAGAGUGUUGCCAAUAAUGUUAUGAUCUCGGACAAACUACACGAUUCUAGAGGAGCUUUUCGGAUGUGUGUCUUGGAGUGUGUUUGUGUCUGUGUACAUUGUGUACCUGGAAGUAACAAGUGAGGAGGAUCGAGCGGGAGUUUGAGGCGGGGAGUAAACAGAACAGAGGCCAUCACGAGAAGACAAGAGAGACUUGAGACAGGUUUUCGGCUAUGGCAGACAAAGGGGAUAAGCCGCCCAGUGAUGUCAUGAAUGAGACGGAAAGAGAGAAGGAAGAAAGAAGGGCACAGCUGCUUCAGCCCGAAAACUUACAGCGCCUGUUGGCCGAUGCACUCACUUAUCAAUCUCCAGUGAAAGAUUUGCAGACGAUCACACGGUGUGGCGCGAACGUGAACGGGCCUGUGAAGCGCGGGUUGCGCCCCUUGCAUUACGCGGUGCACGCCGGGUACCUGGACGGCAUCCGCUUCCUGUUGGAGCAUGGCGCUGACGUGAACGCCCCGGAUGAUAUUGGUUACAGACCGGUGCAUCUGUGUGCUAGGAAAGAGCCGUUAAACAUGGCCCUGGAGAACGGUCACGUGGAGGUGGCCCGUCUGCUUCUGAGCCAGGGCGCCCGGCCCGACCACCAGUACUUCCUGGGCUACGAGGUCAACCUGGUGCCCCUAGAAAACCUUGACUGUCUCAGGACGCUGCUCGAGUUUGGCGCCGACCCCAACGUCUUUAGCAGAUGCGGACUGACCCCGUUAAUGAAGGCCUGCCGACAUCACAACAUCCGGGUAUGCCGGGUACUGCUUGAACAUGGCGCCAAAUGUGACCUGCAGCCUCCCUCACGAUUUGAACAGAAAACCGCCCUCCACUUCGCCAUCCUGUCCAACAGUAACGGUAUCUGCAACAUGUUGCUCCGGCACGGAGCCUUGGUCUCCAGACCUCCGGGAUACAGGUACUCCGCGCUGCACACGGCCAUCGUGAGUGACCAGCCGGAUUUGUGUGAGUUAAUCUUGCGCUGGGACGGCCAGGUGGAGGAGGCAACUGAUGAGAGGUCGACACCGCUACAGAUGGCUUGUGCCACGCCAGGGCUCAGUAGGAG